GCCAAAACGACAGAGCUGCAGUUGGUCAAAUAUAAUAUUGUAAAAGCCAAAAGUCGCUAACGUUAGUUUUGAGGGACAAAACGAUGAUGAUAGUAGGCUAAAUUGAGAGUUAAGUCUAAUAUAGUACCACAUUAACUGGCUGAAACUAGCUAACAUCUUUUUUUUUCAAAGGAGAGGACUGUAGAUAUGUUUCGAAAUAAGACUGCCUGGUUUUCAAGCAGUGUGCCACAGUCAUGUCACAACUUCUGGAUAUUGGAGGAUGGGACCACUGCUGGUUGGAGAACAGCAGAUUAUCUUUUCAGCAAGGAAGCUACAUGUCCUGAUACUCUGAGGGUGUUUGAAAGCAAAGAUUUCCUCUGGAACAAGGUGACAGUUUUUCACAGCUCGUUCCUGUCUGCCUGUGAGAAACGCCAGAGUGCAAAGUCAGUGUGCAUUGGUCAUUAUGUGCUGCCUCCAGCAUCUGUGCAGGAUGACGUCAGAAACAUACUUGGGAGGCUGAUAUGGGAACGUGAGGAUGAGCAGUCAGUAACACAGGGUUCCCACGAGAGUUUUAGUUACCAGACAGAAGAUGAGUACAGUGAAGGAGAAGUCAGCAGAAGCAAGUCUGAACCAUCUGACACAGACACAUCAGGAAAUGAUGACCCUAUGUGUUGUGAAUCACAGGAUUAUCCAGUCAGUAACAUGCAUACAGGGUAUGUCAGCAUGCACAACCUGCAGAAAUAUUCAGGUGAUCUGCGUGAUUUCCAUCCCAGGUGUUUCCGAUUCUCCAACUGUAAAGCCCAUUGCUGCUUGCUACACACAUAGGCAAACACAAAACAUAUUUAACAAGAACAACUAUCAGCUGACCUGUUCACAUUUGUAAGCUGUAGGUAAUGUUCUGGCAAAUGAGUUAUUGUGUUUAUUAUAAAAUAUUCAUUGCCUACCUGCAUUUGUUUAUGCAAUGUAGAUGUAUAUUUCAUUGGCAUAAAAUAAAUCAGUAUAGCAUGGA